UGAGAGAGCAUCUGAAACCUUCACAGAAAUGCUUUUUUCUGUCCUGUUUAUGCUGGGCAUCUGCCUGGUGCCUGCUCAGCUUAAACCAGCAGGUGAAUAUCUUGGCAGCCCUUUCCUUCAGCAAUCUUUUGAAGAAGCAAGGAAAAUUGUGGAUGAUGCAUACAAGUACUCCAGAGAAGAGAGUCUGAGACGAGUCCGCAGGGACGUGGUGAGUCCUCAUGAUGCCCUUCGACUCCUGAAGCAGCCUCGCGGUGACACACGCUCAGCUGUAAGAUCCGCAGACUACAUGACACAAACCAUCCGUCUGGUGCAGGAGAAGGUGCAUCAUGUGCACAAGCGCUCACUCAAUGUUACAGAUUUGCUCACUCCCGAGGAUCUGGAAAAACUUGCUGAAAUAACUGGAUGUGCAGUUCAAGUCAAAGCACCGCAGUGCGUCACCACACCAAACCUCAACAAGUACCGCACAAUCACCAGCAUCUGCAACAACCUAAACAAUCCUCGCCUCGGUGCCUCCAACACCCCCUUCACCCGCUGGCUGCCUGCUGAAUAUGACGACGGCAUCUCCCAACCCAAAGGAUGGAACAGAACCCGGAAAUUCAACAACUUCUUGCUUCCACUGGUGCGACAAGUGUCCAACAGCAUCCUGAGCACAACAGACGCAGGCGUGUCCAAUGACACCCAAAACUCUUACUUGGUGACUUUCUUUGGUCAGUGGAAUGACCACGAUCUCACCUUCGCAGCUGUCUCGCCCAGCAUCCGCUCCUUCAGCAAUGGGGUGAACUGUGAGGAGAGCUGUGAGAGCACUGAGCCGUGCAUCCCCAUCCCGCUUCCACCUGGUGACUCCCAUUUGUCUGUCUCGAAGUGCAUGCCUACGUUCAGAUCCGCCCCCGCUUGCGGGACAGGAUACAGUGCUUUGAAUUUCGGUGGAGAACCCAACCAGAGAGAGCAGAUCAACGCACUGACAGCCUUCCUCGAUCUCAGUCAGGUGUACGGCUCUGAGGAUAAGCUUGCACUGACUCUUCGCAAUCUCACUGACAAUGGUGGCUUGUUGCGGGUGAAUGCAGAGUUCAGAGAUAACGGGCGUGAGCUGCUGCCCUUCCACAGUCUCCAGGUGAAAAUGUGUGCUACUCGCAGAAGAGUCACCAAUGAUACAAACGCCAGGGAGAUUCCUUGUUUCAUUGCAGGUGAUGUUCGUGUGGAUGAAAACAUUGCUCUGACAUCCAUUCACACACUGUUUUUACGUGAGCAUAACCGCCUUGCUCGUGCACUGAAGAGGCUAAACCCACAAUGGGACAGUGAGACGCUCUACCAAGAGACACGCAAGAUCAUGGGUGCUUACACACAGGUGUUCGUGUUCAGAGACUACCUGCCACACAUCGUUGGUAUUGAUGCAGUGCGCAGACAGCUUGGCCGCUACCCAGGCUACAAUCCAAACGUUGACCCCAGCAUCUCCAAUGUCUUUGCAACCGCAGCUUACCGAUUCGCCCACUUAACUGUUCAACCACUUGUACCCCGUCUGGAUACAAACUUCAGGGAGCAUCCUCAGUUCCCCAGUGUGCCCCUGUUUAAGGCCUUCUUCACACCCUGGAGAAUUGCUUUUGAAGGUGGAAUUGACCCUCUGCUGCGUGGUUUGAUCAGCCAGCCUGCUAAACUGAACACCCAGGAUCACAUGCUGGUGAACGCACUGAGAGAGAGGCUGUUUCAGUUUGUACAGCAUAUAGCCUUGGACCUGGGUUCUCUCAACAUGCAGCGAGGGCGUGACCAUGGCAUCCCUGGCUACAACGCCUGGCGCAGGUUCUGUGGUCUGUCUCAGCCCAGGAAUGAGGCGGAGCUGGGUCAGGUCCUGAACAACAACAAUCUGGCCCGCAGGCUCCUGGAGCUCUAUGGAACCCCUGACAACAUUGAUGUUUGGCUCGGAGGUGUUGCAGAGCCAUUUGUGCGAGGUGGCCGUGUUGGGCCUCUGUUUGCCUGCCUCAUCGCAACCCAGUUCCAGAGGAUCCGCCAGGGUGACAGGCUCUGGUACGAGAAGCCGGGUGUUUUCACCGCACUGCAGAGAAAUGCUCUGUCUCGUGCCACAUUGUCCAAAAUUAUUUGUGACAACACUGGGAUUCAAUCUGUCACCCGUGAUGCCUUCAUUGUCCUUUCAAAUAGUAACCAGCUUGUGCCAUGCUCAGGGAUCCCUCGCCUGAAUCUGGCUGCCUGGCGAGAGAGACAAUGCAGCUCAGGUGAACCUGGCUGUUUUGAAUUCAGUGAAGCAGAGGAUCUGAACGAAGCAGAAAAUCAGGACUUUGAGGGCAAUGAGGUAGUCGAGGACCUCAAGGACAAUGUGGUCAUCGAAGGCCUUUGGCGCAAUAAGUUCCAAUAGGACUUCUCCAGCAUUCUUGCCUGAGUACAUCCAUCUUCAGAGGAAAUCAUUUGUUUCCAUCAUCCCAUCUACAUCUGUCAGGGAGUUCAGUGCUGGUCAUCAGAGGAGUGGUGCUUCAGCUGAGAAUGGGAGCCCAACUGUCGCUUGAGGCCAGCAUUGUGACCACAGCUUCCUCUCAUGACAAAAACACUGAACUGCACUUUCCUGCACACCAGUGGUCUGUCUGUCUUUGAACUGUUAUCAUUAUUCAGCACCGGACUUUGCUUUACAUUAAUUAGGUCAUAAAAAUUGAGCAUUAUUAGGGGGAAAAUAUUGCUUUUUUCUUUAUGGCUAGGUUAGGGCACAUUGUACAACUGCACACAUUUUACAUUACUCCGAGAGAUUAACAGAGUCCUUGAAUUUUAGCAAGUAGCUUAAAAAUGUAAAAUGUGAUUUCAACAGAUAUGUUCGGCUCUGUUACUGCAUGCAGGCUAUUGUACAAAAUUUGUAAUUUGUCAGGUUGGAUGAUGGGAUUUACUAGUAUUAUUAUGAUUACCUUUGAAUGCCUUGAAACUGUUAUAUACUUUCCUUUCUCUACAAAGCUUUUAUUCCUUGCAGCUUGUCCAUCUUAUGUUGCAGUAUGCAUUCAAUAAAGAAACUGAGCUGCAGUAAA